CUAUAUAUAUAUUCUCUAUCACUCUGUUCUGUGGUUUUCUUUCUUAAUAUGAAGCUUUGAUCUUAUCAGCAUUUCCUUCCUUAAUACUUCCUUGUUUCCUUCUGGUUCUGGAUCAUAUUUGUUUUUUGCUUUUGCUUCAAUAACUCUUCUUGUUUCGGGAAAAUUUUCUUUCUUGCUUUGAUUCGUUUGUUUCUCGCUUGUGUUAGUGGGGUUUUUUUUUGUCAUGUCUAAGUUAUGAUAAAUUUUUGCGUCAUUUUUGAAUUGCGGAUUUUUUUUCUUCUGUUUUUUAAUUGCUGGGAUUUGUUCUGUUGGGAAGUUUAUUCUCCACUAUAAAAUCUAAUGUGGUUUUUCUUUGAUUUGCAUUUUUCAAAGCUGUUUUAGUUCUAUUAAACUGGGUUGCUUCUGUUUUGCUUGGAUGAUCUCUCUGUUAUUCUCGUGGUUUAGAGUUUAGAUUCUUUGAUUUUCUUGUAAUUUGCGUUAAAUUUAUCCGUAAAGGUUUUAGCAUUUUUCAUGCUCUGAUGUGGAUCUUUUAGGUGUAAGUUUUCGUUUUUGUAUUUGGUAAAUUAUUUAUUGGUUUUAGAUCUGGUUACCUGAGCUUCUUCUUCGUGGAUUUUGGAAUUUUUUUUUAUUCAUUCGAACUCUUUUCUUAUGAGGGCUAAAUUUUUCAGUUGGCUCUCUCUCUCUCUCUCUUAUGGGGUGAAAUAUCAAAUAAGGGCAGAGGGGAAUUAGACAUGUCUAGCUGUUUACCUGUUAUCUUGGCCUUCUUGUUGUGUCAAAGAAUAUUUGGUGGUUAUGGUAGCUACAACUCCAAUAAAGAUGGAAGCCACUGGCGGCUGAGACUUGCUAAGUUCUAUGGCCUUCACUGAAAUUUGGGCAAUGUGUGGAGCAAGAGACAAUUUUAGAGGCUUAUGGAACACCCUGCAUAAAACAACCAAAAGGAACUACUAUAAGAGCAGAAUUUCUGGUAUGGAAUAUGAAUCAGACUGGACAAGACACAGAAAAACCUCAGCAUUUACUGCUCAAGCAAUUCGACCUGCAACAUCUUUUAUGCCUUGGUCUUGUAAAAUUCCUAUAGGUGAUGGUUAUCAUGAGUUUCUUUAAUUGAACAUCUGUCAUUUCAAAGUACUGAUACAUUCUAGGGAGAUAUAGUAGAUUGAAUACAAUAACCAUCUACAUCUCUCUUGAUUUCUUGAAAAUGCUGGGUGUUGCGAGUGGAAAGAAGAGAUUGACAGAGACAAAUAUGUUUUUCUCCACUUCACUCACCCAAGAUAAGUCAACUCAUUCGAGGAGCAACCUUCUAUUAGCUUCGCAGGUUGCUGAUGAUAUUGACUGCCCCAUUCUACCUGGGCUGCCUGAUGAUGUGGCAAAGUAUUGCCUAGCACUCGUUCCCCGUCCCUAUUUCCCAGCUAUGGGGGCUGUCUGCAAGAAAUGGAGAUCAGUUAUUAAAAGCAAAGAAUUCCUUGUUGUGCGAAAAUUGGCUGGGUUGCUUGAGGAAUGGCUAUAUGUCCUAACUAUGGAUUCUGAAGGAAAGGAAAGCCACUGGGAAGUUAUGGAUUGCUUGGGACACAGGUAUCAGCUUCUUCCACCAAUGCCUGGUCCUGUGAAGGCUGGCUUUGGGGUAGUUGUUCUAAAUGGCAAGCUUCUUGUCAUGGCUGGUUAUUCAGUUAUUGAUGGGAAUGGCUCUGCCUCUGCUGAUGUUUAUGAAUAUGAUUCUUUCCUCAAUAGUUGGAGCAAAUUGUCAAACAUGAAUGUUGCACGCUAUGAUUUUGCAUGUGCAGAGGUUAAUGGCAAAGUUUAUGCUGUUGGGGGCUAUGGAAUGGAUGGCGAUAGUCUCUCAAGUGCAGAGAUGUAUGAUCCUGACACUGAAAAAUGGACCCUGAUAGAGAGUCUUCGCCGCCCAAGGUGGGGCUGCUUUGCAUGUGGCUUUGAGGGGAAGCUUUAUGUCAUGGGCGGACGGUCAAGCUUCACCAUUGGCAAUUCAAAGUUUGUUGAUGUGUACAAUCCUGAGAGUAACUCAUGGUGUGAGAUCAAGAACGGCUGUGUCAUGGUUACUGCUCAUGCCGUGCUGGAAAAAAAGCUCUUCUGUAUGGAGUGGAAGAAUCAGCGGAAACUAGCAAUAUUCAAUCCAGAGGACAAUUCGUGGAAAAUGGUGCCAGUUCCAUUGACAGGUAGCUCAAGUAUUGGUUUUCGGUUUGGAAUACUUGAUGGGAAACUUCUGUUGUUCUCACUAGAAGAGGCACCUGGUUACCGUACACUGUUGUAUGAUCCUAAUGCUUCCCCAGGUUCAGAGUGGCAGACUUCUGAAAUAAAGCCGUCCGGACUGUGCUUGUGCAGUGUGACCAUCAAGGCAUGAAAUGGUGCAUUUUCUGGGACUACAAGUUCUUAUUACAAGUCUAGAGUGUAUUGUACUAUUACUGGAUAUCUUUGUAAUGGUUAAAUGUACUGACUUCUGUAUUUCACUUUCACUUGUUGUUAAGGUUGAGCAAUCUAGUUGGUAUGAAUCUCUUGCUGCUACAUUCUUCCUUGCCCCUCAA